GUGCACACACACACAAAGUACUCCUGCUCACAUGCAUACACACACACACUCGCCUGCACAUGCAUUGAGUGGAACAGAUCCACAGGGCUGCACAGUAGUGAGGCAACGGUGUGUGUUUGAGAGAGGGGGGUCGGAGAGAGAGAGAGAGCACUUACUCUCCCUCUCGCCAACUUAAGGAAAGCACCAGUGUGGAGAAGUUGCAUGAAGCGUGUGGUUCCAACUGAAGACUUUCUUAUCAGACCAUGGAAGCCAAGAAGUGGAAGUAGACGAACAAGAAGAAGAGAGAAAGCUGAGACCAGAGUUUGAUCUGAGGGAUUACUGGACUCAUAUAUGUGCUCGUGUCAUGGUGAAAGCCUACAUGAUCGUCUCUUGUUGACAGGAGCCUCUCUGUGUCUUGGAUUUCCCAAGGAUCAAAGUUUGUUUUUUGAGCAGAGUGUGUGAAUGAAGUGUGCGGAAGCAGGAAACAUGUCAAACGGACGUUUCAGUCACCUGUUGAGGGGAGUCUGGCUGCUGUGGCAAGCUGUGUUUGUGGCUGGAACUGGGAGUAAACUAUGGGAGGUGCCCAGAGCCUCCUUCACUUCCUCCUCCAACCUCAGUGAGAGCCUGCAGUGGGAGCAGGACUGUCAGUACCGCCACCUACAGGACAGAGUGAGAAUCACAGCAGACAUCCCCCCAAGGCUGGACGGCACAUGGGUGUCAACAAGAUGUGAAGUUCGGCCUGGUCCAGAGUUCCUCACCCGCUCCUACACCUUCCACCCCAGCCGUCACUUCCAGGCUUUGCAGCACUAUUACACAGGCAGCGGCUGUGAGGACCCAGCCUACUCCCUGAUGAUCAGGGGGAAGUUCCGUCUGCGCCAGGCCUCCUGGAUCACCCGUGGGGGCACCGAAGCUGAACACCACCUCAGCAAGGUGGGCAUCGUGGUGCACAGCCUGGCAGCCAAACAGAGGCUUGCCUCCAGGCUGCCGCCGACCUGCGUGGGUCUGAUCCUGGGUCGAGUGGUGCCGGGGAAGCUGUAUGAGUUGUACAACAAACGGGCAGGGAGGGGGUGUCUGGCAGUGUUGGGCUUCUCCAUGAUGGAGAUGGGACUGAUACGGGUGGAGACGCAGCACCACAGCCAUGGAGGGAAGGUCCAGGAGCUGUUCUUAGGGGAUAUUCACACUGACUGGACACAGAGAACUCAAUACAGACCUACAGGGUACCAACAGCCACUGCAGAACGCCAUGCAUCACAUCCACCCCUGCCCUGUCUGCGCCCUGGUGUACCGCUCCUCAGAGCAGCGCCCCCCGCUGUUGCCCCGCAGCCCUGCAGCUCCUCUGUCUCUGGCCGGCCGCUGGGUCAGCCAGCGCUGUGAAACCCGUCCCAACGUCCUAUUCCUCACCCGAGACUUCACCUUUGAUACUGACCUGCACGCAUGGGAGGGCAUCUACCGGCACUACUCGGACCCUGGCUGUUCUCAACCCACUUUCACCCUGAGAGCCUCAGGUCACUACGCUCAGGGAAACCCCUCUGCCAAGGUCUCAGGAGCCACUGAGUUUGUCUUCAAGGUCACCCAGGUGAGAGUCACAGCUGCAGAGGAGCCCACAGCAAAGUUGCUGAAUGGGACGAGGCCAGGAAAGUGUGGUCGGGCAGGAGGCUGGGAGGUCGGGGUGGAGCAGGACUUGACCCCCACAGAUGGGUGCACCCUGCUGGGAAUCAAGCUGCCACAUAAGGAGUACGAGCUCUUUAAGACUGAGCUGGACCACAGGACACACCCGCUGCUGUUCAUCGGAGAGAGGCCGGCUGACGGGUCCAGUCCAGAACGACCGCAGAGGAGGCCCACUUCCUUUCAGGCUCCCAUGAUGCUUUGCAGUGGGGGGGAGACACAGCCUUCACAUCGCUAUGGCUCAGGUUUUAACAGCAAGCAAGUCCAGUUAGCAGCCAGUGGGACAGAGAGACUGGCACAGCUGGUGUUACUGGUGCUGGGAUCUGUGCUGUGCAGCUGGUUCUGUGUUUAUUAGAGACAUUGUUCACAAAUCAAGCCUGUUACACAGCUGAAGUCAUUGAUGGACAUUGUUUUCUGGCAGCUUUCUUUCACUCUUCCACCAUAUGAUGAUGAUGAUGAUGAUGACCACAUGGGUGAUGGUCAAGAAAAAUCAUGAGACACUCAGGAGAGCUGAAUAAUUUUUGAUAUCUGGCUUUCAGACGCUCCCUGUAGGUUCACUUUAAUGCCUCUUAACUUCAGCUGCAUUUCUACCUAAAACUAAUCUGUAUAUAUCAUCAGUAUGUAAAAAUAAAGUCUUUUAAACCGUG